AUGGAGGAUGUCAAAGACAAGCGAGUCGAUACAACCGGCCACGCCACUGGCGACAACGUCAAUAACACUGCCGAGAGUAACAUACCGAUUACGUAUACUUCCGACGGGGCCGAUUGUAGUGGUGAGCGCGCGACUGACAGAGACACUGUGCCUCACCGCGACAAGGACAGCGACAUGACGCCUGCGCCGCAGAUCCCAUCGAGCACUCCCUUGAAUCCGGAGAAGUUACACAUUCUCCUGACUUACUCCACUCUUCUGGCCUUGACGCGAGAUACUUCAAGGCCGGUCGUCAACUUGGACAUGGAAGCUCAAGUUCGACAAUUAGAUGCGUUUCUAGCUGGAGACGUCACCGAAGACGGCGUCGCGACACACUGGUCCGCCAAAAGUAAGAGUUUCGAGCGGAUUCAGCGGUACGAGGGUUUGUGCGACCAACUCGUCCCUAGCCUGAUGGCUGCGAUCAAGAAGCAAUCGCAGAUCAACCUGAACGCUGAGCCCAAGAACCGUGUCAAUGGCGACAGGAACCCUGAGCACCAAUCGUUCUGUGAGCUCUUUUUGGCACCAAACCUGGUGACCAUGUACGGAAAAUUGGCUGAGAAGUCGAGUAAAAAGGGCAUCAACCCUGAUUUCGACCCUUGGACGAAUACGACGAAGUACGGCAAGCUGAUACAACUUUUCCAAUCUAUAUACGGAUUUCAAUACGACUUCACGCGUUGGCAGCAUAUACGACCCAAACCGGUCUUCAAUCAGACCCCUCGCUCGGAUGCCGAGGUAUUCAUGCGCGUGAUGGACCAUCGUGGUCAAAUUCGGAUCUACCAUCAUGUCAUAACCCCGCUCGGGAAGGUCUUCUCGCAGUUGGACACCGUUCCUGAGACUGCGAUCAAGUACACUGGCGAGCAACUUGCCAAGAUGUGGCGAGACAAAACUCGUCCCAAAUAUCUGAUCCCCGACCCUGCUACCGUCACGAUCUUGCCCAAGCGGAAGGAUAUGACUUGGGUAAAUGAUGAUGGCGCUGGCAAGAUCUGGACUCGCGGCGAAGCGAGUUGGUCACCCAACUUCAGGUUCAUGGUCUUCGACAAGGCCACGAACGCGUAUAUCUAUAACCACUCCGUCGAUGUUAACCUUCUGGACCAGAUCGACCUCAACGACGAGACUUGGGUGAACCAGUACCGCAAGAAGAUUGCCCAGUGGCGUCACCGCGUGACCGGAGAAGCCACCAAGGUACGUGACCACUGGACCGAUCAAGAGCGUGCUGUGGUGUACGAGUUUACAAACGCCUGGAUCAAGAAGAACGGCAUCGACAAGUUCGUGACUCGUAUCUGGGAAGGCGACAAAGAUGGUUUUCGGGCUAUCCUGACGAACAAGACCCACCAUGUGCGCUCGGCUGAGUCGGUGUGUGCUUGGACGCGAAAGCAGAUGACCGACGAACCAAACGAGCCUCUCGGCAUGCUCUACACCGAGGGCCAGAAGAUGGCUAUGCGAAUCGCCGCUGACGAGGACAUUCCUGACGACGAGCGUUACCCCGAAGAGGCUAUCGAAGUUGCCGGCUUCUUGACUAAAUCACAACCUAAGAAGUCUUCCAGGAACAGGAAGUACGGCAUGGAGUACGGUAGCAAGCGCGGACGCUUUUUGGACGAUGAGGCCGAUGGUGAGGGAAUUAUGAAUGAUCCUCGAAACUUCAAUCUCGACGGCGACUCUGACCAAGAUGCCGAUCUAGCGAUGGAGGAUGGCGACAGUGACUCCGAUGACGAUGAAUUGCCUCCUCCUCAACCCAUAUCUAGCAAGCGAUUGAAGCUUUUGGCUAAAGGCCGGAAAUUAUCUGGAAGAGCUACCGACGAGCAAGAUACCACUUUCGCGAAGCCGAAGCCUCUCUCAAAAGCUGAGAUGGAUACCCGUACUGCUGAGCGCGACGCUGAAACCGCCAUAUUCGAGGCUGAUGUCGGUGACGUCGAGAUUGACAUGGACAUCGAUAUAGACGAUGUGGAGGUGGGAAAGCUGGUUCAGGAAGAUGUAGAUUAA